UCACAAUCCAAAAUGUAACGCAAUAAUUUUUUUUGGAUUAUUAUUGAAAAGAAAACUGUACUUUUGAUAUAUUGCAAAACUAUUUCAAAGAGUAAAAUUUUUUGUUCCUUACUUAUUUUAGAAAUACAGAAGCCUUUUUUUUUUUAAUUACGAAAAAACUCAUUACUUUCUAUUGUAUAUUAUUUGUGUAACAUUUGAAAUUAUGUUCUAUAUAAGCAUGUGUUGGAGAUAUGUAAUUAUAUUAUUGUGGCGUGUGGGAUAGUCUUAAAAAUCAUUUAAUAAAUUUCUUCAGUGUAAUGACCCUAUCAGUUAAGCUACGAGCAACGUAGUGAUACGAACGAGUGUUUUCGUAUUGUUGUAUUUAUGGAAAAAGAAUGACACGUUCCCGGUCAAAAAUACAACUCAACAUUUGCCUUUAAUAUAUUUUAGAAUUCGCUAAAAUUCUUACCAUCCUUUUAACACAUCACCUUUCCAGUUUCAAAUACCAUCGUUACUUCCUUGUUACCUUCAAAAAAGUAAUCAUUCAUAGUGUUGAACGUGUGAAGUGUUUCCACCUUUUAUAAGUUUACAAAACAUUUUCGGUGCUUUCUAACCUUGUAUACCUGUGUUUUUAUGUUUAACCUUUGUGGUGUCUUUGGAGUAGUAUGAUUAAUAAUCAAAUUAGAGUUGUAGGGUUAAUGUAUAUUCUAAUUUUGAUUAAAAACGGGUUCGCUAAAUAUUUUUUAAAGGAAACAAGAAUGUUUUCUUGGACGUUUUUUAUAUUGAUUAAUCUCGUUACAAUCGCAAUAUUUUUUCUUCUUCUUUAUAUUGGGCAAUGGUUUACGGAAGUUGAAAAACGUUUACAUUAUCUACAUCUUAUGAAAUGUAAUAGUGAAAGAAAAGUAAUUCAGAAUACGACAGCAAAACGUAAAGGGCGUAAGGGAACGACUGUUGUGGAGGACAUUACAACGCUAGUAGAAACUACUGUCUGUAUUCUACAAAAAGUUUUACUCAGUACAAAUCUUUCACUUGUAGGAGAGGGUAUUUAUUUGUUAAAAGAAUGUCAAGAAAUACUUAUGGAUACAACAGAUUUGUACUCCGUGCAAAACAGAUCAAACAAAGAGAUUUUUUCAAAACAUGUGAAGAAGCGAACCUUUCCGUUCGCACGAAGUUAUCCGAGCAACUUAGCUACUUUUAAAAACAAUACUCGAAAUUCUUAUGGCAAUAAGAAUAAUCAUACUUUCGUAGGUUCCUUACCGCUUGAGGAACCUCUUUUAAUAACACAAAAAAAAAAUUCGACCUCUUCUGAUUUAAUGACCAACGCCAACAGUAUAACAUCAACACUUACAGUAUCUCAAAUCCCUAGUUCAUUUUCUAUGACAUCUUUUGAAAAACUUGAAAUUGGAAUAAACUGGGAAAUCAAUAUACUUCAACUAGCAAAAUCUCAUCCGCAUAUUUUACUAGAGGUUGGCGUGAAGCUGCUCAGUGAUAAAAUGGAUGCCAUCAAUUCAACUUCUCUAUAUCUAAUUACAUAUCUACGUAAACUAGAAUCUUGCUAUCAUGCCAACCCUUAUCAUAACAAAAUCCAUGCUGCGUCUGUUGCGCAUGCAACAGCGUGUCUUAUGACGAUGCUUUAUAUACAUAAAUCAUCUUUACAUAACCCUAUUAACGAUAUUGCUAUCAUUAUCGCUGCUUUAGGGCAUGAUGCGGGUCAUCCUGGCCGCAAUAAUAACUUUUUAGUCAAUUCAUCAAAUAACAUGGCAAUUUUUUAUAAUGACACCUUUGUACUAGAAAACGCACAUAGCGCCAUUACUUUUAAAUGUUUAGAUGCACCUGGAGCUAAUAUUUUUGCUAAUGUCCCGCGCAAAGUAUUCCGCGAAAUCCGGAAACGAAUUAUAGAGUUGAUUCUUAUAACCGACAUGGGGCAUCAUUUUGAAGCAGUCUCAAGGUUUCGUUUACGACAAAAAGCGUUAGGAUUUAAUUAUCUUUGUGAUCCUGACGAUAUGUGGCUUGUUAUUCGUAUGUGUCUUAAAUGUGCAGAUUUGGGUCAUACGAUGGUUGAGUGGGAACAGCAUUUUGAUUGGUCUUUGCGCGUCGUAGAAGAGUUUUAUCAACAAGGAGAUCAUGAAUUACAGCUAGGCUUGAAAAUUUCUCCUUUAUGUGAUCGAUCUUGCCAUGUGGAUUUUUCGAAAGCUCAAAAAAGUUUUAUUGAGUUUGUUGUUCAACCUCUUAUGACUCAAAUGGAAGAAUUAGAAUACGGCUUUGGUAUAAAAAAGGCGUGUAUUGAACGUCUCAUGUCCAAUAAAUUGAGAUGGGAGAGUCUAAUAGCUGAAAAAUACGUACCAGAGAUUUCCGAAGAAUACAAGAACAUGAAAACUGACGCUUCCUUGACUAUUCAAAUUCUAGUUUCGUUAUAUAUUGAAGGAAAAAUUCUAGUUCCGUUACAAAAGUAACUAAAAUACAACACAACAACCUUCAAGAGUAAAAAAACAAGAGUGAAAUUACUUGAUACAACGACAUAUUUUUUUACCGCAUGUCAUUAAAAAAUAUUAAUCAAAAUCACCUACAGCAGUGACAAAUGCGUCACGCAUCUUCGCAUAGAAUUAGCCAUGUUACACAGGGAGUAUAUUCUAGAGACAGCAUUUUCCGAUGUAUAUUUUGACUUCUUAUUAUUUUUUUCAUUAUACUUAUAGUGAAAAUGUUUGUUUAAUUUGCAAUUAUUAUUAUUAUUAUUAUUAAUUUUUUAAAUUUCGUACGAUACAUAAUGCUGUAUCUUCCUUUAAUGUAAAUUGUUUCAUCUUUUCAUAUUUUUUAUAGAAGAGUACUCUACUAUAACUAUUAACAGUCAUCUGUAUAUUAGAGGUGUC